AUGGUGGGCGGCAAGACAGCGUACUUCGGCUCCCCCGCCGGCUCGGGGCGCAAGUACCAGCACGACUCGGUGGGCACCUACUCGGAGACGGAGAGCGAGCCCGAGCCGCUCCCGUUCUGCUCGUGCGACGAGGACUACUUCGUGCGAUGCGAGUACCACCGCGGCGAGCACCACGGCCUGAGCUUCGAGCUCGCGCACGACUUCGUGGACCUCAAGCACCUGCUGCGCACCAUCCAGGAGCAGGAGGUGCGCCGCUACGUGUAUCAGGGCACACAGGUGGGCAAGGUGAUCGAGUUCCUGACGCUGCGCCACUUCCAGAUGAGCGAGCUGCAGCUCAACUCGCUCGCGCGCCUCAUCGGCGACAAGAUGGCGCACGUGCGGCAGAUCCACCUCAUUGACACGCUGGACGCCGAGUUCAUCCACCAGCACCGCGUGGCCUUCCGCCGCUUCUGCACGGCCAUCUUCGCCGUGCACCCCGUGAUCAAGUACAACUCGAUGGCCGCCGAGCUGCCCGAGGAGCAGCGCGGACUCAUGAAGGAGAUCGCCGUGCGCGAGUGCCCCAUGGACAACACCUUCUUCGCGAGCAUCGGCUCGGCGAUGCACUACUCGAACACACUACAGAACAUCGACUUGCAGGAGCUCAUGGACCCCGCGCAGGUGAAGGAGGAGGACCUGCACCUCUGCUGGGGCUGGCUCGUGUUCGGCCUGUUCCACCCGAACUCGACUGCGCGCAUUGAAAAGCUCGACCUGUCGCGCAACAUGAUGCGCAUGAAGGACAUCCGACUCGUCGAAGGCAUCAUGUCGGGAGGCCACCCGGCGCUGGUGCUGCUCAUCCCCGAGUAUGCCGCGGCGCUGCAGCGAUACAGCAAGAGCAACCGCGACAAGAUCCUGCGCGAGGACGUCAAGCGCGCGCUGCUCAAGGGCAUCCCGCACCGCCGUGUCUUCGCCCUCAUCAAGAAGGGCACCACGGUGCGUCCGCUGCCGACGUCCAAGCUGUCGCAGCACGAAGUGUACAGCGACAUGCUCGUCGAGAAGGAGCUGCUGGAGGUGUUCUGCAUUCUGCGCAAGUGGCUGUGCGUUGUUAUUCCUGGUUUCGGACUCGGCUGGGUGCCGCGUCAGAGCGCUGUUGAGAUGACGGAGAUCGGCAUGUCGCCUCGGAUCUGCUCGCCGGCGACGCUCAUGCGCUCAGUGUCGUUCUGGAACAUGAUCGAGGCCCCCGACGCGGAGGGCAUGGUGGUGCCGCUGAUCACGCUCUUCUUCCAGAUGACGGGCAUCAGCGACCGACUGGAGGACAUCAACAUCAGCGAGAACCGCAUCGGCAGCCCUGACCAGUUCGGCAUCCCGGCCACGGAGAUCCUGCACCGGAUAAUCUACUUCUCGCCCUAUUUAACGACGCUGAACCUGGCCGACUGCCAGCUGACGAACAUCACACCGCUGCUGGAGGCGUACAAGAAGGGUCGGUGUCGCAUCCGGAGUCUCAACCUGGACUCGAACAUGCUCGGGUUCCGUGGCGCGUUCGACCUCGCCAUGCUGCUGAUCAGCGACAGUCAGUCUCCGAUGGGCUCCUGGCUCACGGACUUGAGCUUGCUCUUCAACGACAUCGACGCCAUCGGCACGCGCGCCCUGCUGGAGGCUCUGCAGUACAACGUACAUCUGGAGCACUUGGCGAUCGAGUACGGCAACGAGUUCCCCCCGGAGCUCGGCGACUUCGAGUUCACGGGCGACUGCGCGACCUGGCACGAGAACUACCUCUUCGAGCGGCUAGCGGUGUUGCGCGUGUUCGAGAGGUUUUCGCUGGGCGAGCCGCUAGACGAGAAUGUGAUGCACCUGGUGUGGGAGUUCCUGGGCUUCGACGAGCCGUGAUCGGGGACGAGCCGACUCGCUGGAGUAUCCAAAAACCUGUAGCGCCAGAGAUCUCCGCCAAGUUCGCUGGGAGGAGCGGCAUCACCCGCCCUCCCGGCAUGUAUGUAUAUAAGGCGCGCUCUCCUUGGUAGAUGGAAUAUCGUGGAGCUUUUAACUUACUAAUGCACGUUGUUGAAAUGAUUCG